UAGAUGUAAUAAAGUUUCGCUUAUUUUUUUUUUAAAUAAUAUAUUAAAAUUAAAAAAAUAAUUAAAAUAAUACUAUGGGUGUCAUAUACUGUGCGUGAGAAUACAGUGUUUAUUUAAUAUCAAUAAAUUUGGACUUAAGUUAUUAUCAUGUUCGCGAAUCUUAUUUUUAAUUGGCGAUGCUGGUGCUUGAUAGUAUGUUCAAUAUCGUUAUCGGCAGCAUAUCGCAAUCCGUAUUUCCGUCGAUCACCUAAUAUCCUUUUCUUUAUGGUCGACGAUAUGGGAUGGCGGGACUUAUCGUUGCACGGCUCGAAUCAGAUACUGACUCCGAACCUCGACCGUAUGGCAUACCAGAGCGUAGUACUGCAGAGUUACUACAGCGAAGCCAUAUGCACGCCCGCACGCACCGCCCUACUCACUGGCGUCUACCCUAGUAAACUUGGAAUGCACGGCAUGCCGUUGUAUAACUCAGAAGAUAGAGGCAUUCCUCUGACGGAGAGGCUUUUGCCCUCCUACUUGAAGGAGCUAGGCUAUGCGACGCAUUUGGUUGGAAAAUGGCAUGUGGGUAUGUCGAAAAAAGAAUAUCUACCCACGUCAAGAGGAUACGAUUCUCACUACGGAAUGAGAGGUGGAUUCAUCGAUUAUUACACUUAUAAUAAAGUAGAAACUUGGCCUAACGGACGUUUAUUGUUCGGCUUAGAUCUUUUUAACAACGACAAACCUCAGGAAGAAGAGCAACGUUAUAUCGUAGAUGCACUCACAGACAGGGCAGUUAAUGUGAUCAGACAACACAACUCUUCAAGUCCAUUAUUCCUUCACAUCACACACAACGCGCCACACGCUGGCAAUGGAGGCGGCGCUCUCCAGCCCCCCUUGUAUUCCUCAAUCAAACAUCAACACAUUGCUAACUCUGAUCGGCGACUAUAUGCAGAAAUAGUGUCGCACAUCGAUCAAAGCUUUGGAGAAGUAGUCAGGGCUCUUUCAGAAAACGGUAUGCUAGAGGAUACCAUAAUUAUAUUCGCAUCAGAUAAUGGCGCCCCAACUACAGGAGAAUUUUCCAAUUGGGGAAUUAAUUUACCUUUUAGAGGAAAGAAAAAUACUCCUUGGGAAGGAGCGGUGAGAGUGCCAGCUUUUGUUUGGCAUUCGUCGUUCACACCUACAGUAUGGAAAGGUCUAAUGCAUAUAACAGAUUGGCUCCCAACUUUACUGGCUGCAGCUGGAGGAAAGGUUGAUAAAAAGAUCGACGGCGUCAACCAAUGGGAAUCGAUUAUUCGGAAUUCAAAUUCUCAAAGAAAUGAGGUUUUAAUAGCUGUUGAAGACAGUAGCAGAAAUAUCUACGGUGCAUACAGAUCAGGGGAUUACAAAAUUGUCAUUGGUAACGUAACUGGCGUAAGUAACGACUACUACGGAGAAGAAUUUUUAGCUAUUAAAGGAAAAGAGCCAGAAUAUUUACCGAGUUUAAGAUCUUGCGUAGUAUCAAGAAUAUUUGAUAGGAUGGGAAUAUAUAGACAAAACGAAGACAUAUUGGCAAUGAGAAGAGCUACUACAAUAAAUGCACAGGGUCCAUUUACGAACGUAACUUUGUGCAUACCGACGCUGACUCGAGGAUGCCUUUACAAUGUUCGAGAAGAUCCAGGUGAAAGAAAUGAUUUAUGGCAGAGAGAAAACAGUAUCGCCACGAGACUAAUCAAUAGGCUAAGAGAACUUUGGGCGAUGCAGCUGAGACGGGGCCCGCCUGCUUUGAGUGCAGCCUCGGAUCCUGCUAACUUUAAUUAUAUUUGGAUGCCGUGGAUUAAAAGUAACUGUACAACUGUAGCAACAACACCAGAUAAUUCUAAUAAAAACACUAUUUCGUAUAUAAAUUUAGAUGACGGGAAAAGAACUGAAGUUAAAAAUUUAACACUUUCAGCAGUAGUCAAUUGCGAGGGUACAACUAUACUUAAAAACUUUUUCUGUAUCUUAAGAAGUGUUUUCUAGUACAAUUAUUUUAAGUUUUUGUUGAUUAGUACAAUAUGUAAAGUAACAUAAAUAGAAAUGUAUUCUUACAGUUUUCUUUAAAAUCCAUCAGGAUUUUGACUUUGUUAAGUAAGGAAUUAAUAUUAUAGGAAUAUUACAUUUAUUUGUGAGAUUGACACACAAUUUAUACAAAACCUCCUUAAUAGUUUCUUGCCGAUUCGGAAACGUCUUUUCCUAUUGUUUGGUACUACUGCACCGAGGGCGGGGCAGCAGUGCGGGGGACAACCUUACAGACCCCACUCGCCGCCCCUUCAUCUUUGCAUCUACCAGUUGCGCCACGCCAUUCCGCCCGACGACAUCCAAAUCAAAUCAUAUUUGCUUUCAUAGUCAUUUGGCAUUACAAUCAUCCGCCAGAACCAGUAUUUCAUUACAUCAUCAUACUGUCCACUCGCUCAACAUAUGGUCCUUCAACCGGCAAAGAAAGAAGAAAAUACACCAAGAGUCUUCGUGACAUACUGUCCACUCGCUCAACACCUAUUCUAGAAAAAUUUAUGUGUAAUUGUGAAUAAUAGUGUAUUCAUCUUUUCUCCUAGUGAUUUAAAUACUAUCAUUGUAAGAGAGGCUAGCCCUCCCUACAGUAUCCUAAUUUAUAAAAAAUAUUCUUUUAAAUUAAACAAUAGAAAGCAAGGUUCGAUAAUAAAAAUAUGUAAAUACAAUUAUUUCUACUUUCCAUUUAUUCCUCAACUUGUUUCUGUACUUUUAUGACAUAUGUAAAUUAAAGAAUACAAGUACAAAAAAAAGGUUUGAUAUUUCCAUGUUUGUGUGACAUUUAAAUAUUUAUUGCAUAA